AUGCCAUCAACUUUUGUAGGACGUGGCUUCUCUCUAGAAGAAGCUGGUCAGACAUUAUCAGAGAUCACAUCCAAUUUGCUGGAUUCCCUUAUGGUUUUGGUUGAUGUUCUGACAAAGGAGUCUAUUGUUUGUAAGUUAAAAAUGUUGAAGACAGCAUCAUCAUUUGUCAAUUCCCGUUUACAUGCAGUCAAGGCCCAGACUUUGGUGCUAGCCAGUGGAAAUGAUGAACUGCUACCAAGCAGCCAAGAGGCUGAGAGGCUACGUGGUGCUCUAGAGAAAUGCAGAACACGUCUUUUCAGAGAUAAUGGCCACAAAAUCUUACUGGAAGCCGAUUUCGAGCUCGCGACAACCAUCAAGGGAGCUGGGUACUACCGCCGCACCAAGAAGACAGACUUCGUUUCAGACUACCUACCUCCUACUCCAGAUGAGUUCCAACAAGCUAUCAAUCACGACAGGAUCCUAAAGCUUGUCACUGACCCGGUGAUGCUAUCAACGCUGCCUGAUGGGAAGAUAGUGAGGGGCCUGGCAGGGCUGCCAAGGGAGGGCCCUGCCGUGCUGGUUGGGUACCACAUGCUCCUGGGGUUUGAGCUUGGACCUAUGGUCACAGGGAUCCUGAGCAGCACCGGAGUCCACAUCCGGGGCUUGGCUCACCCCUUCAUGUUUGACAAGAGCACCGAGCAGUUGAUGCCCGACUCGGCACACUUCGAUCUGCACCGGAUCAUGGGGGCGGUGCCGGUCACAGGUGCCAAUUUUUACAAGCUCCUUGCAGACAAGGAGUUUGUGCUGCUGUAUCCAGGAGGUGCACGGGAAGCGCUUCAUAGAAAGGGAGAGGAGUACAAGUUGUUUUGGUCGGAGCAACCUGAAUUCGUGAGAAUGGCAUCCAGGAUUGGAGCAACGAUCAUACCAUUUGGAGUUGUGGGAGAAGACGAUAUAUGCCAUUUGUUGUUAGACUACAACGAUCUUCAGAAGGUUCCCUUCUAUCAUAUGCUCGACAACGCCUUAAACCACAAUGGACUGAAGCUAAGGACUGAUUCCAUGGGAGAGGUAAAAGAUCAAAGAAUGCACCCCCUAGUGCUUGCGCCGAAGGUACCAGGGCGGUUUUACUUCGUCUUUGGAAAGCCUAUUGAAACAAGAGGUACAGAUUCAAAAACAUUUCAUUAUAUCCCCUCGAUCUGUAUUCUUAAGGCAUUUUCUCAGUGUCAACUUUUGACAUGGGAGAAAGGACUACGAGACAAAGAGGAGGCGCAGCGCCUCUAUUUGCAAGUCAAAUCUGAGGUGGAGAGCUGUAUCAGCUAUCUGAAGGAGAAAAGGGAAGAGGACCCUUACAGGAGUAUGCUGUCCAGGCUUCUCUACCAAGCACUUCAUGGUCCCAAUGCAGAAAUACCCACAUUUGAACCGUGA